UAUACUGAUUUUGAACCCUUUAUACACUUGAUGUUCACAUUUUGAGAACAUAGGUUGUAUUUGGACAAUGACAAUUUUACAAACACACAGCAGCCCAUCACUUUCGAGGUAAUACGUAUAAAUUUUGCUUGAGAUUAACUUGAGCCGCCAAAGUCCUAACGAGUGGAAGUCCAUGGCCUAAAAACCUUUUCUCCCUCUGUUGUGUGUCCACGUGUGCAGUCAAAGUGGACCUAUGAGCAUAGUGUAAGGUUUUUCUCCUGUGUGUAUUCUCAUGUGUAUGACCAUGUUUAGCAUCUGAGUGAAUUUUUGACCACAAAAUGAGCAAGAAAAGGGUUUUUCCCCUGUGUGCGUUCUCAUGUGUUUUACCAUGUUUGGCUUUUGUGUAAAUCUUUUACGACAAAACAACCAACUGAAGGGAUUUUCUCGUGUGACUCCAGAUGUUGCUUUUGGAAGAAUGUUUUACCACAUGUUUGGCAACGAAAGCCUUUAUCGCAAACAAGCACCUUUGUUGUUUUUUCAAAAUAAAUGUGGAAAGUCAGACAGUCAGAUUCUCCAUAUAUACACAACGUACUUAUUUUUUUCCCGGCUCCCAUCUUGAAGUUUUUCAACAACCCCGCGAGAUGGCAGCCUUGUCAUACCUUGGGCGCUCACCUGCCGUAAAACUGCAUUCGAAGAAGAAAAAGGCGACAGUUGGAGACAGUUGGCGACAGUUGGCGCGGCUUCCAGGCGACACAAACAAGGAAGUGAAGGCGAUGAGGUGAACUCGAGUACAAAACACAUCCCUCUAUCUGAAAUAGUUGGUACAGGAGCUAUUCUGACUCUUAAAAACAACAAUGGCGUCAUACGAGGAGAACGAGAGACAACAAAAACAAAUGGAAGAUGUUGGCAAAAAUCACAUCGUGAUGUACAGCCAAGGCGUCCAGCAGCGGAUUGAUCGUCAGGAAGAACUUCCCUGUCAGCUGCAGGGAGUGAGCUCCAGUUUGGAGCAAGGGAGUCCGCAGCCCACCCACGUUAAAAAAGAAGAUGGAGAUUCACAGCCUCCCUGUGUUAAAGAGGAAGAGGAGGAGGCUGACGUCAGCAAGUUUCCAAUGACUGGGGUUUCUGUGGAGAGUAAAGAAUACAAAGACGAACCACUCGAGUGGUCACAGCUUUAUCAUCACGGCCCAAGUGGAGAUCAAUGUGGAGGACCACGACUAGACAACCUCUUAGCUCCACUGUCGGACAGUGACGACAUGGAAGAACCUUUGAGAAGCAACGUAGACUGUCAGGGUGAUGACAAACAGUUGAACUGCUCUGAAAAGGAGACAACUGGCAACAAGGAAACAACAAAAAUGCAGAGAAAACGUCUUAUCUGCUCAGUUUGUGGUAAAACUUGUGCUAGUAUGAUCAUUCACAUGAGAACGCAUACAGGAGAAAAACCCUUUAGGUGCUCAUAUUGUGGUAAAAGGUUCACUGUUAAGCCAAACAUGGUAACACACAUGAGAACACACACAGGAGAAAAACCUUUUGGUUGCUCGUUUUGCGGUAAAACAUUUACUUAUAAGCAUCAUAUGGUCAAACACAUGAGAACACACACAGGAGAAAAACCCUUUCGUUGUACAUUUUGUGGUAAAACAUUCUCUCGAAAGGAACAUGUGGAAUCACACAUGAGAACACACAGAGAAAAACCUUUCAGUUGUUCAUUGUGUAGUAAAACAUUCUCUCUUAAGCCAUACAUGGACGCACACAUGAGAACACACACGGGAGAAAAACCUUUCGGUUGCUUAGUUUGCAGCAAAACAUUCAAUCACAAGCAAAAUAUGGUUGCACACUUGAAAACACACUCCAAAGAAAAACCCUUUAGUUGCUCAGCUUGUGGUAAAACAUUUUCUCAAAAGCCAUAUAUGGUAUCACACAUGAGAACACACACAGGAGAAAAACCUUUUAGUUGCUCGGUUUGUGGUGGAAGCUAUGCUCGUAGGUCCAGUUUGACUGCACACAUGAGGACACACAACAAGGAAAAAUAAAUCUUUUUCAGUAGUACCCUGCAAUACAUCUGAAGCAGACCAAGUUUUAUUUUUAAUAAAAUUUGAUUCCACUGAGUAACUUUAAAUGUUCUGUUUAUCUGCACAGUGCACUACAAAUCAUUGUUGUCAUCUAAAGCUGAUUCAGCAAUUGCAAUUGUGCAUAACAUUCCUACUGUGGUUUCAACUUUUUUUUUCAAAUCCAGUCUUGCAUUUGUUAAGUACAGCUCAGUUGUAUUGAACUUUAAAGUACAACACAUUUGCGUUUAAUCGUUUAAAAAAGUUUGUUUUUAUUGAGGUCAAUUUAACUUUUAUGUGGACCACAUUUUAAUGGAAUCCUUAAUUUUGCACAUUUUUUUUUCCAUUUUCCUAUAUUUAAGGGCAGUGUUGAUGUUCAAACUGCACAAUGUUACAGUG